AUGAAGAGAUUGGCGAUGACAACGGCCAUGCAACUGAAUGUAUUCGUGAGCCACAUUCCGAUGAUGACGACGCCGUUUAUAUUGGGAGUGAUCACGACACCAAUUCCGAAUGCUCCGAGACUGAAGAACAGGGUAGUAACUUGGAAAACGUACCAAGCCUUAGAUAUGCCUGAUCGACCAAGUACAUCGCAAGCUGAUGAUAUUUUACCGAAAAAUCAGCGCAAACUGCAAGUAUAG